GCCGUCAUCCUCAUGUGCAGCCAGCGGACGCGCGACGCGCGCUGCGGCCAGAGCGCGCCGCUGCUGCGCAAGGAGCUGGAGCGGCACCUGCGCCCGCUGGGCUUGUACCGCGAUUUGCACGACGAGCGGCCCGGCGGCGUGGGAAUUUACUUCAUCAGCCACGUGGGCGGGCACAAGUACUCGGCGAAUGUCAUGGAGAAGGAGGAGGCGGAGGGGGAUGUGGGUGCUGCGCAGUGCAUCUGGCUGGCGAGGGUGAGGCCCGAGGACUGCGAGAAUCUGGUGCGGUAUACUGUUUUGAAGGGCAAGGUUGUCAAGCCUGAGAGGCAGUUGAGGGGAGGGUUUGAUCGGCGGAAGGGGUUGAUGAGUUGGUGA